AUGUCUAAAAGAUUGCUGAGUACAAUAACCAACAAGCCAAUUGUCUACAUAAAUAGCUGGUUACAAUCAACAAAUUUUUCAUUCAAAAGUGUUCCAAAUCCUAAUAAUAUCAACUAUCAAAAACAACAAAAUGUUUAUUUCAAAUCUAAACUUUUGCUUUUAAUUGGAUUAGUUUUCCUAGGCUCAAAUUUAUUAUUAUCAAGUUUGAUUUUCAAUAUAUCAAAUUAUAAUGAAUUUGUGGAAAUUACUAAAAAUUUGGAUUUAUAUUUAAAUUUAAAUAAGAAAUUCUUCCAAAGUAAAGAAUUCUUAAGUCAUUUUAAAAUACCUUCAACUCAUUCAUAUUCAUUCAUAAAUGAAAACGUUGCUCAUCAUGAGUUUAAUCAAAACUAUUCCAUUUCUGCAUAUUUAUCACAUAUCAAUAAUGUUUAUGAACAUGAACAAAACCCAGAAGAUUAUUUAAAAACACACAAGAUUGAUUUCCAUUGGGGUGAUUGGGUUGAUUUAGCUCCUGCAACUCCAUUUGUCAAAACUUAUAAAGAUAUUUUACACAAGAUGGGUAAUAAUGAGUCAGAAGUUUAUCAAUUUGUUCGUAAAAUGUGUUAUGAUAAAUUAUAUGAUGCAAAAGAUCCUUGGUUAGAUCAAGAAACUUAUGAACAAAAAUUAUUUGUUAGUGAACAUUUACAAGAUAUUGGUAUUUGUUCAGCUAUUUAUAAAUAUUAUUAUGCAACUAUUCCAGAAAGAGUUGUUUUAGAAACUGAUUUCAAAUAUUUUGAAAUGCCAGUUAAUCAAGUUAGAAGAAAAGAUCCAUUUGGUCUUGAUGGAUUAUCAAGAAUUUAUUAUAAUACAAAAAAUGAAGUUUCUUCAAAACAAGUUGAAAAUUUCAAUCCAAAUGAUCGUGAUAUUUUAGUUGAUCAAUUACAACAAACUUAUUAUGGUAAAGGUUUUAAACCUGAAGAUUUGAAUCUAAAACCAACUUUAACUCAACCCCAAGAAGAUUUUAAAAAACCAGAUGUUCCUGCUUUAUUGAAAACUUAUCAAGAUAUAUCAAAUCCAAGUCGUGAAGAAGAAAAAUAUACAAAUUUCUUAAAAUAUUCAGUUGAAAAUGUUGGUAAAGCUGAUAAAUUUUAUUUUAUUUUCCCAUUCAUUCAAAUUGAUUCUAAAGCUGAAUUACAUCAUUAUAAUUUCCCAUGGAUUAAACAUAUCAUUUCUCAUGAAGAACGUAUUCAAGUUAUUCAUCAUUUAAUUAGAUCAUGGUUUAAAUAUGCUGAACAUGCUCAUAUUGUUUCAUGGUUCAACUAUGGUAAUUUAAUUGGUUGGUAUUUUAAUGCCCAAAAUUUACCAUGGGAUAAUGAUGUCGAUGUUCAAGUUUCAAUUCAAGAUCAAGAUAAGAUUGGUCGUUUCCAUAAUAAUACUUUAGUUAUUGAAAAUCCAAAAUUAGGUGAUCAUUUAUUUUGGAUUCAAACAAAUCCUUAUUAUAUGCAACAAAAAGAUAAUCAAUUUAUUGAUGCAAGAUAUAUUGAUGUUAAAACUGGUAUUUAUAUUGAUAUUUCAGCUCUUUGGGAAUCUGAAAGAGCAAAACCAAAAGAUAUCAAACCAAAAGAAGGUGAAAUUGCAUUCCAUUGUAAACAUUAUAAUUGGUUUGUAUUUAGUGAUAUUUUCCCAUUAAGAAGAACAAUUUAUGAAGGUGCUCAAGCUUAUAUGCCAAAUAAUAUUGAAGGGAUAUUGAAAAGAUUUUAUGGUAAUAAGGCAAUUAAUAAUUGGAAUAUUUUUGAUCAUAAUUGGCAACCUGAUAUUGGAUUAUGGGUUCCAAAUCAAAUCUGUGAAAUGGAUUUAGUUCCAAAGACAGAAGAUAGAUUUGAUUCAAAUGGUGAAUUAACAUUAUUUGGUGCUUGUAAUAAUACUGAUUUAUUAGAAGAAUGGAGAAAUGCUAAACCAACUUAUGAAAUUCAUAAAAAAGAACAUGAAGCCAUUAAGAAAGGUGAAGAUAGUUCCAAAUUUAGUGAAAAGGAUUUGGAUGUUUUCAGAGUUUUCAAACAUGAAGAUUAUAGAUAG